GGAGUUGUCAUUUCAGGCGAAGGAGUACUUUGCGCAGUGUUUUUCCUUUUUGAACACAUUUCUCGAGUACAUCUACCGGAAAAACAAGUACGCGGUGGAUUUGAAUAGUGGAAAACUACUUCGCGGAUCGGUUUUCGAACUCCCGGUGCAGAAAAUCUGCUUUCACCUAAUCAAACCCUUCAUGGACGUGGUUGGGCGGAAAGGUGGGACUACAGGUGGCGGAAGUAGAUAUUGCAAGGAAAAAUCCCCCGUCCCCAUAUUAAAAACGUAUCCGUCUGAAAAUUUGUGAUGCAGAUUUGUGACCACAAAUCCUGUCUGUCUUGCAGGAAGGCAAACGCAGAGAGGCCGCCGCGUUAUGCGCGAGAUUUGUCAUGCUCUAAGGCCUACAGGGCAGACGUCUGCUAUGCUAGGCGCCUACACCGAGCGGCCCCUUCCUAGCCUAGCGAUCUGCGUGCAGUCAUCUACUGCAAGACAGAUUUGAUUUGUGUAUACGAGUCCCGCAUCACAGAUUUCCGUUUUGAUAAAUGGGGAGGGGGGAUUUUUCCUUUUGAUAGUAGGGCUGGAGGAUAUCAACUGUCUGUGAAGAACAAAGUGGCGUCGGUUCUGAAACAGGAGUUUCCGGAGGUGUAUUCCACUGUGUUGGAGAUCCAGAAUGUGUUGACCAUUUUACACCCGGCAGACGAGGACGGUUUGGAACAAGAGCUGGGGCUGAUGGUAGCAGGAAGUGCCGGCAAUUUAUCUCAACCGGCGGCUCUUGCGCAGAUAAACAACUUGGGAGGUCCAUCAACCACCAAACCGGCCAAGCGGUCGCGCCAAGUGGAGCAAUCGGUUUUCUACCGGCAUAUCAAAUGUAAAAACGUCUGGGUCUGGAAGAGUGCAUGUUUGUCAUGCUUGUCUGGCAUGAGGCUCAAAUCUGUCAUGCACGUUACCCAAGAGCGCCAUUUCUAUGUCAUGCAGAAACGCAGUUUGUCAUGCAGAAUAGGCAACACCUAGAAGCUCAGAAACUUGUCAUGCUGAGCGAGCACUUGUGGCCUCCUCAUGAUACGCCACUCAGCAUCACAAGUUUCCAGACCCAGACACUUUUGCAAUUCAUACGGCAAAUCCUGGAGCAGCGGGCGGUGGCGUCGGUGCAAUCCUUUCGCGAUAUAAACCUAUCAACUGUAAAAAUGUGUGGGUCUGGAAGGUUGCAACUUGUGAUGCUGUCUUUGGGUUCCAAAAAAAUUUGUAUUGCAUGACUAGCAAAGGGAGUUCAGUUUGCGCUACACGGGGAGGGCAUUUCUCAUGCGGUUGAAGCAUCACAAAGCCCUCUGAAAAUCUGCCAUGCUAGAGCAUGCAUCACAGACAUCAUGGGUCAUUCAAAAUAUGCAUGACAAACGUGGCAAUCUUCCAGACCCAGACGCUUUCGCAUUUGAUAAAGCCUCGCUUUGUCGAAAACAACGACAGAAGAGAAGAUUGUCGCGCAGGCCGCCGCGUCGGUCACGGACUUCAGUGCGAAGGUGUUGCAGCUGCAGGCGUUGUUGGAAACCGCAACGCUGCAGAGCAUCGGGGAACAACAGGACGGACAAGGUGGCGCAGAUAAUUCCGGCUUAUCGGCUGAUGCAGGAGCACAGCCGUCGGUGGUUGAGCAGUCCACUCUGAUGACGACAAAGUUUCGCGCAUUUAUGACAGUGCACAACUCCCCCUUCCCCUCAUUUGUCAUGCAAAAUACCAAAUCCACCCUUUGCCCUGUGGCAUUGCUUGCAUGACAGAUUCCCGAAGCCGAAACAGCACUACGUACAAGCAGUCGCAAGUUUGUCAUGCAAAAGCUGCAUCUGUGCCAGGACUUGUGUUGCUACGGAUGCCAUCCAAAUGAGGGGGAGGGGGGGUUGUGCACGUUUAUAGCGUUUAUCGCGGAAAUCAAAGCCCACGAAGCGGUCCAGCGGGCUAUACAGGCGAGUGGGUCCAGCAGCUACGACUACGAGAAGUAUUUGGGGACUCUGAUCACCCACAGCAUUUCUAAUGUCCAGUUUAUCCCACGAAAAAACUGUUUCACUGUGGUGGUUGUGCGAAAUCUGCAUCACAAGUUUGUUACGCAUGACACUAAAAAUCUGUCAUGCGGGGAUCGUAAGGGAAAACACAGCUAGAAAUCCAUCGUCUUGCAUGUGUAGCAUGACACACAGUUCUGCGAUCUACUUUCUGCAUCACAAGUUCACAGUGAAACAGUUUUUUCUUGCGAUACAGUUAUGCCGGUGGGAAUUGGUGGAUGAGGUGUUGAAGUUGACAACCCAGUGGUAUCAAAGAGAAAAAUCCCCCCUCCCCAUAUCGAAACGAAGUUUCUGAUGCUGGAUUUGCGUACGCAAAUAAGGUCUGUCGUGCUGGAGAGGACUGCAGGCAUAUGCCGAGCCUGAGUCGAGAGGUUUCGACGUAGGCGACUAGCAUGACAGAGGUUGAUGCUGUAAGCCCAACAGCAUCACAAACCGCCCGCAUAAUGCGGCGGACUCUCUGGGCUUGCCUUCUUGCAAGACGGACAGGAUUCGUAGCCACAAAUCUGCAUUACAAAUUCACAGACGGAUGCGUUUUCAAUAUGGGGAGGGUGGAUUUUUCCUUCUGAUAAGUGGCUGACGGACUCUGACGGGAGUGGUACAGACGGUGUAGAGCAAGCAGGUGGCGAUAGCACCAGCACCGACUCCAACCCGGCAGAACCGAACGCGGCGAGGCAAAACGAAAUUCUCCAGCAAAACGGCGUGAAAUUCGCCGCCUCGGUUCUCGAUUCCCACGCACCGUUAUGAGAAUGCACAACUCCCCCUCCCCCUCGUGUGUGUACCAUAACCGGCAUCACAAUCAAUGGCACAAAUGUGGCUGUCGCAUGACAAAUCAGCGUACGGACUGUAAUGCGGUUUGGGCAUCGCGAACGUGUGGUCAUGCAUUUGGUGCCAAACAGCAAGGCGUGGAUUUGGCGUUUUGCAUGACAAAUGAGGGGGAGGGGGAGUUGUGUAAUGUCAUAACCGUAUGACGUGUAUUUGAACGCUCUGCAGCUUUCCAUCGCUUUACUAGACGGAGGGAAUAGAGCCGUGCAGAACGGGUUUCAGGAGUACUUUGAAUCCUCCGACGAUGUGGUCUUUUUCCGCAACAUGUAUCGCAAGGAAAAAGUGUCUUAGUCUCAAUUUGUAAUGCGGAAAUUCCUUGAGACAGUUUUUUUGUCAUGCUCGACAUGCAAGAAAAGGGCACUCUCUACGUGUUUUCUUUUGCAUAUUGCGCAGCACAGGUUUUCCUUGUCAUGCUGAGCAAAUUUGUAUUGCUGAGUCUGCAAAGAUUUGAGAUUGAGACAGUCUUUUCGUACGAUAACAUGCACCGGAUUUUCAACCGGGUUUUGCAUCGGUUGAAGGAGUAUGGAUUGCAAACAUGUCUGGGUCUGGAAGCUUGUGAUGCUAAAAUGUGGAUGAUGGAAACGGUUCCGAAUGCAACACAGCAUGACAACUUUUCAGAACGCUUUCGCAUAGGAAAGCCGCAUGAGCAACUGCGUUUUUGCGUAUCCAAAAGAGGCUGCGACUUUUGUUGGCUAUGCAAUACAGAUUUCCUAGGUAUGGAGAGCUAGCAUUACAAGUUGCAUUCUUCCAGACCCAGACAUUUUUGCAUUGGAUAAGGAGUUUAAGUUGAUCAAACAACGGUUGUUCAACGAAUUAGAGACGAUGGAGACGUUGCGCAUCGGCGACAAAACCUUCAUCUACACCAUCAACCAAGCAAUGGAGUUGUUGAUCAAGUGCCAGCGGUUUUUGCAGUUGUUAUGCGAAGGGCACAACUCCUGGAUGCAGGAAUACCUCCGGGAGCAGGCGGACAACAGUGAGUCGAUUCCAAUCAUCCAGACCUGCUGCGAUUUGGUGUGCAAAAUGGUCGGGCACGGCGUGGGGGGUGCAGGGAACAAUAAUCCAGGUACAACAACUUCUAGUGGAACAUCUGGGAAGAAGAAAGCAACCACCUCCGCAAACGUGGAAAUCUAUUUGAUGGACGUCCUAACCGCGCAGAACCUGCAGCAGUCCUUGGACUUCCUCGUCGAGCUGUCCCAGGGCCCGUGUUCGGCGAAUCAGGAGCAGAUCCUGUUCCACGGCGGGUUGGUAGAAACUUUGGACCGAAUUUUGAACUCGCGGUUCACGUUUUUAGACGUCGUGAGCAAGGAGGAGAAAGAAGGGCAGGAUUUUUACUACGACGGAAGUGCUGGAAAGUUUGCAACUUCGAGUAAGAAGAAGAAAAGAAACACGACAAAUAUUAACGAAGAGGACGAUGCGGAGGGGGCAUCUACAAUGCAACUGGUCGCGGCGAUAACAAAAUCCGACCUUUUCACCUGCUCAAUCCUGCCUGAAAUCCAAGACACUGUAUUGUGAGGAAAAAUCUCCCCUCCCCAUAUCGAAAAGAAUUUUGUGAUGCUGAUUUGUGACCACAAAUGAGUUGUGACCACAAAUCAGCUCUGUCUUGCGUAAAAGGCAAACGGUACCCAUGCGGCGGAGUGUGCAGCCAGUCUUUUAUGCGCGCGCGCACGAAAUCGAGGACGCCAGCGGCUAUGGUGUGCGUGUCUUUUUUAGUUGGCACGCGCGCACGGGCGCGGCGCGCCGGCUUGCCUCUUCUUCAGGUUCGAGGCAGUUCGGGGCGGCCCGGCUUCGCGCUUGUCUGAGUUCGGGGCGCGCCGGCUUGCCUCUUCUUGAGGUUCGGGGCGGUGCGGGGCGCGCCAGAUUGCCACUGCUUGAGGUUCGGGGCGGUUCGGGGCGCGCCGGAUUGCCUCUGCUCCAGGUUCGUGGCGGUUCGGGGCGCGUCGGAUUGCCUCCUCUCCAGGUUCCGGGCGGUUCGGGGCGCGCCGGCUUGUCUCUUCUUCAGGUUCGGGGCGGUUCGGGGCGCGCCGGAUUGCCUCUUCUUCAUUCUUCAGGCUCGGGACAGGUCGGGGCGCGGUGGAUUGCCUCUUCUUGCUAUACGGCUUGCGUUUGUGUACACAAAUCCGGCAACGCAGGUUCUCUUUUGAGUAUGGGGUGGGGGCUUUUUUCACUUUGAUACACUGUUGACAGCCCAUUACCGGAAGCGGAGAUCGUUUUGAUGCUCAAGCAGUCCGCAGCGACCCUUCUAAACGCGCUGCUAGAUUAUCAAACGCAAAAGUGUCUGGGUCUGGAAGAAUGCCACACUUGUCAUGCAGAUUUUACAUGACCCGGGACGCCUGUAAUGGAUGACCUGGCAUCACAGAUUUUUAGUGGGCUUUCUGAUGCCUAUCCCGCAUGAGAGAUGCCCUCUCCAUGUAGCACAAACUGGACCCCUCUUGCUGAUCAUGCAGUACAGAUUUUUUUAGAAUGCAGAGACAGCAUCACAAGUUUAGAAUCUUCCAGACCCAGACAUUUUUACAUUUGAUAUAGAAAUCCGGACGGACGCGGUGUCCGUCCGGAUCUUGGCGAUCCGGUUGGAUUAUCAACUGCAAAAAUGUCUGGGUCUGAAAGAUUGCCAGGUUUGUCAUGCGGGUUUUCCAUGACCGAUGAGGUCUGGUAUGUAGGACAUAGCAUGACAGACUCUGUGAGAGUUCUAUCAUGCUUAUCCUGCAUGAGAAACUGCCUCUCGAUUAGAUCAAAAGUAGACAGCUUUGGGUAAUCACGCAACACAGAUUUUUACAUGAUUUAGAUUUGGCAUGACAAGUUGCUUUGUUCCAGACCCAGACACUUUUGCAUUUGAUAUGGAUCCGAUCACGGUGAAAAAGCGGAUCUUCUUUCACUACGUGAAAUUUCUGCAAGAAAACUGCGACUACGACGGAAAUUUGCUGGAAGACCUGUUGCAGGUCAGCAUGGCAAGUAGCGCGAGCAGCGUUGCAUCCUCUUCUUCAUCGUCCACUUCUACCCAGGAAGAGCUCCUGGACUUGGUUAAGUGGAAGGUGGAGAAGUGCAAGAAAGCCUACUGUAUCAACUGCGAAAAUGUCUGGGUCUGGAACAAUGCAAACUUGUCAUGCUCGGCCGGCAAUGCACAAAAGUCUGUCAUGUUUGUUGCGCUACAGCGCCACGUGUUUGCCAUGCAAAAAGGACAUUUGUCAUGCGAUUAACGCUAGACGUAGCUGCUACCCAGAAACCUGUCAUGCGCGGCUCCGCCAUACAGUGUCCGUUUCAUUCGAACAUUAGCAUGACAAGUUUCAUCCAGACCCAGACAUAUUUGCAAUGUAUAUACGGGGAGCUCUCCUUCUCCUCCGAUGACGAUCUGCGCACGUCCAUUGGCGAGGCGUUGGAUAGCAAAAUGAAAAAUCUCCCCUCCCUAUGUCAAAACGGGGAUUUGUGUAGCAUAGUUUGUGAUGACAAAUCACGUUGCCAUGCUAGAACCGAAGAGAUGCGGACUGUGGUACUGGCUGGGGUUGGAAGCCCUUGCAUCUUCAGCAUGACAGGGAGCAACUGGAAGCGCAAAACAGCAUAACAGACUACCUGCAAGCGAGGCCGCAACUGCGUCUCUUGGCCUUCUAGCACUACAACGCGGCUUGUGUAUGCAAAUACAGCAUCACAGAUUUCCUUUCUGAUAUGGGGGGGGAGUUUUCCUCACAAUAUUGGACUUGGUGAUUUUGCUCCGGAACAUGGUAUCAACUGCAAAAAUGUCUGGGUCUGGAAACUUGUAAUGCUGCGUUGGGAAUAGUGAAUGCUCUGUAAUGCACAGGCAGCAUGAGAAAUAUCUGCGCUUCUUUGGGUUGCGUUUUUCGCAUGACAAACCUCGCCUUUGCAUGACAGGCAAAAGGGUCUCGUCUUGGGCACGCAUCACAAACUUUUUGGUCAUGCCAGACAAGCAUGACAAAUCUCGCGAUCUUCCAGACCCAGACAUUUUUACAGUUGAUACAUGGACCUGAUCGCCAAUACGUACAUUGGAAUCGGAUAUGCAUCGCAAAUAUUGCUGGAUCUGGAUUUGUCAUGCCAGAGCUAGAGGACAGGAAGAUCUGUCAUGCAUGAAAACGAUGGGCCAAUUUGUUGUCGUGCUGCAAGAAGUCAGUUUCUCGUGCGUUUCCUGAAUGAAGACAAUGACUGCGCAAUUACAACAAUCUACGAAAAAUAUAAACUUCUCAUGCUGUUAUGCUCUACAAGUAGUCAAUCUGCAACGCCAGUGUCAGCAACACAAGUCUCCAGACGCAGUGAUAUUUGCAUUGCAUGAUGGAUCCCACCGAGAGCCGAUGACGGAACACUUCUUAGCCGCGGUGGCGCCAACGGGGACCUCAACUACUAGUAGCGACAACGAGGUUAUUCCUGGUGCAACUGGAACCGCAAUCACCUCUUCGACCGCGAUAGAUUUGCUUUACGACACGGCGUAUGAUUUUUUCUUCUCCCUCACCGCGGGAGUCGAAGUGUGUCUCUCAAACGCGGACAACAAAAUUUCCCGGCUCUUCUUCGUCAAGCCCCUUGCUUGCAAGUACGCGUUGCAAUCUACGAAGAGAGAGCUCCUCACUUCCGUCCCAGUGACGAACCCGCAGACGAAGCUGCAAUUUCUGUGCGACUUCGGAAAACGGGUGCUGCGGGAAUGCCAGGCUACCCAGUCGCUUUCGACGUUGAAGGUGGACAUUCCCCUACCGGUGAUGUCAUUGCCGGCGGAUUUUUUACACUUCCACCCGUUACACUUCUUCUUCCGGAACGAACAGAAAAAUCUGCAAUUCCUGAUCUGGCUGAGCUUGAUGAUCGCGUUAGUGAUCAACUUAGUUUUGAUCUGCACGUUAAACCGGACAAGAGGAUACAGCAACGCACCAGUGACGUACCAGUUUCACUUACCGAUAUGCAUUGCAAAUAUGUCUGGGUCUGGAAGAGUGCAAGUUUGUCAUGCUUGUCUCACAUGAAUCUUGAAUCUGUAAUGCGUGAGCAGGAAAAGAACCUCUUGCCUGUCAGACAAAAAUGUAGUUUGUCAUGCGGAAAGCGAAACACGAAGGAGCCCAGAACCUUGUCACGCGUGGCUUCCUAAUGCAGUUUCCCCACAAAUCCUAAAUUAGCAUCACACGUCUCCAGACCCAGAUCAUACAUUUGCAAUGCAUAACCGGGUGUGAUUGUGGAUAACUUCUUUUCCCUUCUCUUCCCGAAGUCCUUCGUGCGCGCGGAACCGAGGUUGAGCGAGAAAGAAGAAGCGUACGCAGAAAACACCGGGUUUUUCGGGUCGCUUUUUUUUGGUUCGGGGGCUGAGCACCACUAUCACGAGAAAAAAGUGUUACAGUUACACAUUUGUUGGAGUUUCUGCAUCACAAAUUUUCUCUGUGUGGCAGAGAAAACUUGUAAUGCGAAGAUCAUAAGGGAAAACAGGAAGGAAACGAGGCUUCGAAGCAUUUCCUGCAUGAGAAAGGUUGUCUCUGUUGCUAGUCUUGCAUGACAAUGUGUAACUGUAACACUUUUUUCUUGCGAUAACCACUACCACCACUACAGCGCAUUUGAGUCCGAGCCCUUCGAGGUGACGCUUUUUCCGGAUAAAAUCGUCCGGGACCUCGGGUUCCUGAGUCUUUUGAUCGCCGGCAUGCGACUGUCUAUUCGGGCGAUGCUGUACUUUCCGAUUGCGUUCGACGAGGAGACGGAGAAGUGGUGCGAAGAGACAAACUCAGGAGUUGCUUCUGCCUCGUCCAGAAGAAAGCAAAAUUCAAUGACGGCCGGAAUCUCUUAUGGCAAGUUUUUCCACUCUAUUUUUCAAAUCCUUUCGGCCAUCAUCCUCGCAAUUCUGGUCGGAAACAACUUGGUCGGCUCGCACGCCAUCACGUUCGCCUUUCUCGCGAUUUUCUUGGCGCUUCUCGCGAACUACUGGGAGGUAUGACAAUACACAACUUCCCCUCCCCCUCAUUUAUCAUGCAAAAUAGCUAAUUAACGCCUUGCCUCUUGGCACUGUCUGCAUGACAAGUUCUGGCAAUUCAAAUGGCACUACACUCCUGUCCAAAUUUGUCAUGCAAAACCUGUAUCCUUGUUGACGCUUGUAAUGCUGUUCAUGCAAUACAAAUGAGGGGGAGGGGGAGUUGUGCACUUUCAUAGGAGCUGAGUGAGAAGAAAAAGUCCGGCACGUUCGCGACCAACUCUCCGAAGAUUUUUGUCAAGUCCCUGAUCACGAUAACGAAGCAGGAACCGCUGUUGCGGGCGCUGGUGUUGUUCAUUCUGUCAAUAUUGGCGCUGACCACGAACGUGUCCCAUGAAAAAGCUGUUUCAUUGUGAUGAUUUUGCAAGAUCUGCAUCACAAGUUUGUUGCACAUGACGCUAAAAAUUUGUCAUGCGCGCUUGCCAAGGGAGAUGCUUGAAAAUCCAAUGUCUUGCAGGUGGUCUAGCAAGACAAAUAGUUCCGUCUUUAAUUUUCUGCAUUACAAGUUCACAGUGAAACAAUUUUUUCUUGCGAUAGAACGAUCCGCAAAGGGGGCUGCACUACUACGCCUUCAUGCUCUUCGACGUGUUUUUCACGCACGAGGUGAUGCGGAACCUGUUCCGGGCGGUGUUAAACCCCAUGAAGCAAUUGAUGUUCACGGGGUUGAUGAUGGCCAUCGUGCUCUACGCCUUCGCCCUGACCGCCUACAGUCCGCUGGGGUUCGGCACGGAAUAUCUCGCGUUCUCGAUUUCGUCUCCGGACGCAGACGGGGCGAUGGGGUUUGGAACAGCUACCACCUCAAGUGGAAGCGCAGCCGCCACUACCGCGUCGGCGAGUAGUAUCGGCGGCAAAGGGACGUUGCCGCAAGUAGCGGGUGGGAAGGGUUCUUCUGCGGUUUUGGCUGCUCCGCCAGCGACAAGCAACGCUGUCGCGACGGUUAACAAUGAAUAUACGCAUAGUAGUGCAGCAGCAGCGCGGCAGCUGAUGGGAACUGCAGGAACAACAGGCGGCGGUAGCAGCUCGAGCAUGACAAGUAGUUCCGGGUCCGAGUCAUCUUCUAAUUGGGCCAGCAACGCGCCGUAUGGAUUGCAAAUAUGCCUGGGUCUGGAAGAGUGGAACUUGUAAUGCUGUCUGCGGAUUCUAAAACGAUCUGUGUUGCAUGAGCAGCAUCAGGAGUCAGUUCUUGGCACGCGGAGAGGGCUUGCAUUUCUCAUGCGUAAUUAGCAUCAAGAAGCUCUCAAAAAAUCAGUGAUGCUAGCGCCAGCAUCACAGACCUCACGGGUCAGGCAAAAUGUGCAUGACAAGCCUUGACUCUUCCAGACAUCCAGGGAUUUUUGCAGUUGAUACGCCGGAGAUGCUGUCCUGGUUUUUCGUGACAACCUACGACAUUAUAUGCAAGAAAAAAAGUGUAAGUGUUACAGUCACACAUUGUGUUGCAGGCCAUGCAAGACAGACACGUUUGUCAUGCCGGAUAUGCAUAAGAGCGUUGCUUCAUACGUGUUUUCCCUAUAUGUUUUCUGCAUUGCAAGUUUUCUCUCUCAUGCAGAGGAAAUUUGUGUUGCGGAAUUCACAACAAGUGUGUAACUGUACUUAACACUUUCUUCGUUGGAUACAUUAUGGUGCCCGGCCCGACGCUGCCCAUUUCCAAUGCCGACGAGUUUCACAACCGCUUCGCAUUUGACGUGUUGUUCUACGUGAUCAUCGAAGUGGUUCUGAUGAACAUUAUCUUCGGUAUCAUCAUCGACACUUUUGGCGCUCUGCGCGACGAAACGAACAGCCGACAGGACCACCUACAGAACUACUGCUUCAUCUGCAACAUUUCGCACGGCGAAAUCGAGCAUCGACUCCGGGAAAUUCGAGCGAUGAAGGAGGCCAAGGCUACUUCUUCCAGCGUGGACAGUGGUAUCACGAGUAACAAGCAAAACAACAAGAGGAGUUCCUCUAGUACAACACAAACACAGACCUUCGAGGAACACAUCAAACACGAACACAAUCUGUGGGACUACUUGUUUUUCCUGUUCUACGUCCUUUCGAAAGACCCCACGACGUUCACCGGCCCAGAGCAAACAGUGUACAAAAUGCUGUCGACUGAUGACUUAUAUGCAUUGCAAAAGCAUCGUACUUAGUAUAAAUUGCAUUACAAAUAAUUACCUCAGCAUUACAGUUGAAACUUGUAAUGCGGAUAUACCUCUUAAGACAAAGAUUUGUACAUGCGUGACUGCAAAAAAUUUUUACUACUAGUGCGGUGCUUUUGCAAUUCAUAACCUGUCGUUCUUCCCAGUGGAAAAGGCUUUGUGCUUGCAGAAAGACCAACAGCUGUCAGCGCAGGGUGGAGAGCAAACUGCGGAGGAGGGCGGGGGUGCGGAAGGGAAGUAG